GCAAUAUUGAACCUGUUAUACAAUCUUUUUCAAUUGUGUGACUGUUCACAAUUAUGAAUUCUACUAACUCAUUUUGCCAAACAAAACCUGAGUUUUCUGUGAGGAUCGUUGUCUGCGAUCACUACCUAACCAAGCCCAUACCAGGAAUAGACGUAAUCUAUUCAGACUUCAGAGGGUCUGAUAUUAAACAGGUUCCGGUACUGCGUAUAUUCGGCCCUGCGUCCGAUGGCCGUAAGGCCUGUGUUCACGUUCAUGGGGUUUUCCCAUACUUUUACAUACCAUGCCCGGCACAGAACCCUGAACCCCAGUUUCUAUAUCAAAUUGCGGCAAGUUUGGAUAAAGCCCUGAACAUAGCCUUGAAACAGGCCUCAUCAGCAAACCAGCAUGUCUAUAAGAUUUCACUGGUCAAGGGAUUGCCCUUUUAUGGAUUUCAUGACAAGGAUCAUUUAUACUUAAAGGUUUUCCUUUACAAUCCCGGCCUAAUCAAACAAGCGGUAGAACUCUGCAGCAAUGGAGCCAUUCUCGGACAGACAUUUCAACCACAUGAAUCUCACCUCAACUUCACACUACAAUUCUUUAUUGAUUUCAAUUUAUUUGGAAUGAGCAACAUAGAUCUACAAGCAAUAAAAUUCAGAAGAACUGGCAUUUCACAAAAUAGUGAUGAUCCUAUUGAAAACAGUCAUGAUUGCCUUAAAUCUGAAAGUGUUUGUUACUAUGAAGGUGAUUGCGUAGCGUCUCACAUUAUAAACAGACAAAGAAUAGGAAGAGGUGACGGAAUUGAAAAUCCGGGUCUAGAAGAAGUGUGGAAUCAAGAGAUGGAAAGAAGAAAGCAACUCAACAUGUCUAUAGCUAGCAAAUCACUGUCACAGGGAAGGAUCAAGAGUCAGGAAACGGACACUCACUACAAAUUUGAACAGAUGUAUUUACUAAAAAUGUCAGAUUUGAUAAACAAGCCAGCUGAUCUUAACAUUAAUAAAGUAUUAGAAGAAGUAUAUUAUCCAGCAGAAAGUAUGGAAGGCUCUCAAUUUUUUAAUGCAGUAGAUGUCAGUAUACAUUUACCUGAUCGAUCACAUAAUGCUAGUCUAAAUCAAACAUUGAGGCCAAUCAAUGAGAGUUUGAGUGAAGACCUUGAUGAAACCCUUGUGGAUGAAAGUGUGGCACUAAACAGUAGCCUGCAUUACAGUCAAAUAUUGUUGGACAGUGAAGAUUUGGAAUUAAUAGGCAUGCUGCAAGAUAUGGAAGACACUGAAAGGCCUGAAGAGGACAGUGUUAUGGCCACUCCUGGUAUAGAGCAAGAUGAAGAUGUAGAUUCUGAUGAUGCUGAAUACUCACAAGUGUUCAAUGAAGAUACUAUACUUCUGGAACCAUUUAAAAGUGAAAUGGAUUCAAACGACAAUACACCAUCUUGGCAUGACUCAUUUUGGGAUGGAGCCAACAUACCACAGCUUGAUGGGACUUUCGAUGAUGAUCAUGUUAAAAAAGUAAGAAAAAGAAAAAUGAGACCAUUCAAAUUAGGAUUAUCGCGACCUAAGAAUAAGAAACAUGUACCUGAAAACAACACACAAACUGAUAGAACAUCUGAUGUAAGUGAUAUUGAUGAGGUAGACGUUUCUCAAGAAACAGUAGAUAGUAUUUCAAAUGUGUACAUACAAGGAGCUGUAAAAAAAGAAGUACAUAGUAGUUUAAAUAGUUCUUUAGAACUAACUUCAGAUGCUGAAGAUACGCAUGAAGUAAUCAUUAAAAAAGAAAAUAUUACAGAUCUGGUUGAAAAAGUAACUAGUAAACUUGAAAGUACUAUUAGGAAAAGUCCGGCCACUAGUGGUUUCGUUAGUGUAAAGAAUGAAACAAAAAGUAAUAUAUUUGAAGAUAAUAUUGCCAACAGAGUACAUGUAGAAAUAGAAAAUAUUACAGAUCUGGUAGAAAAAGUAACUACAAAACAUAAAAGAUCUCAGACACUGGGCGCAGGUGGUAUUGUCAAUGUAAAAAAAGAAGUACGUUUAUUUGACGAUAGUACAACUAGCAAAACAGUUGUAAAAAAAGAAAAUGUCACAGAUCUGGAUUUAAGUAAUGGACAUGUAGGAGUAGCAGAAAAAUAUGACAUUGAGAAGCAUUACGAGCCUGUAGCGGGUUGCUCCACGAUUGUAAAACCAGCUAAUAAUUCGCAACAAUCGGACAACGAAUCAUUCUUAUCAUCACCAGAAGAAGACGAAUAUGGAAUACAAAGUUUCUACAACAAGUCUAGAUUUUUUGAUAUGUCUGUAGAAGAGCAUAAACCCAUCGAUAGUUAUAUUGAAGAUACUCAAACAAAAAGUGAAGAAAUGAAACCACAUGUCACAAAUACUCGUGUCAAAACAGAAAUGAAGGUUUUGGAUACUACAGCAAAGUCAUUAAACAAUUCGUCUAUUAAUGUUGUGAUCACUCCUAAAAUUAGACCACCAACUAAGAGCUAUAUAAUUUCCAGUUUAAAAAACUACAAGAUACCCAAAGUAAAAAAUCCCGAACCGUUCUUUUCCGAUCAUAAGGACUCCGGUGAUAAAGUGGAGAUCGGUCUUAUGGUGUUAAGGACACAUAGCAAAUCUGCCAAGGACCAAAAACCUUUCGAGAAAGUUCUAGACGUCACGAGUCUAGACGAAUGGCGACAGCUACUAUUUCUUCAGACCAAUGAAAUUACUGAAGAGACUUCCAAACCAGAAGCUUUGCAAUCACUUCUAGCAGGAAAUAAACAAUAUGUUCUAGAACCGAUUAGAAAGCCGCCAACUAAAAAACAGGUUGAAAAAUGGGUUAAAGAUCAACAAAAUCAUGAUAAAGAGGAAUCUAAGGUGGAAGUAAAAGAAACAACUAAAAUAUUAGAUGAUCUUGAAAAUUCGCAAGCCAUUGGUUUGAAUGAAGAUGAAUUUAAUCGCAGUAUUAGCUUAGAAAGUAAUGAUAAGGACAAAUCAUCAUUGAAUAAUAGUCUGCAAGUGACUAUGCAUCCAGAUGGAUCAUUUUUGUGUUUUGGUGGAAGUGAGAAUCAUGUAGACAGCAUAUCAAACGAUACACCAGCAUUAGAGGUGGAUUUUCUUACAAUAAUGCUAAUAGAGAUCCAUGCAUCAGUAAGAGGAGAUCUCAACCCUGAUCCAUUAGUAGAUCCUAUCCAAGUUGCUUUCAUAAAGAUUUCAAACGACUGCCCAUCAGCACACUUCUUACAAAAAAACUUAACUGAAAUUAUAUGCGUCGAUGGCAAUCUUGAGCUUAAAGUACUUGACAGAUGUAUUUUCGAUCAGAAAAUUACAUACGUAAAUGCAGAAUCUGAUCUUCUAGAAAAAGUGAUUGAACUAGUUAAAAGUCACGAUCCUGACAUAAUAACAGGUUACGAAAUAGAAAUGGGUUCAUGGGGCUACUUGUUGGAAAGAGCACAAAUAUUGGGAUUGGAAGUGGUGAAAGAGAUGUCUAGAAUUACGGAGAAGAAUCGACAGAAACGUUGGCGGAGUGAGGAGAACGAUUUUGAAGGGAGGAUUAUCGGUAGGAUCAUGUUUAAUGUGUGGCGUUUGCUGCGACACGAGCUAGCGUUGUCCGAUUACAGUUUUGAGAACUGUAUGUAUGAGAUCUUGAAGGAGCGGGUGCCGUCGUAUAGCGCGGCUCAGUUGGCGGCCUGGUGGGACAAUCCGUCGAGGAUUUUGAGAUGGAUCACUGUGGAGCAUUACCUCACUCGGCUAUCAGGGACUUUGAGGAUGAUGGAGAAACUAGACAUGAUUAACCGCACAUCCGAGCUGGCCCGGCUUUUCGGCCUGCAAUGGUGGGAGGUGCUGUCCCGGGGCUCCCAGUUCCGCGUGGAGUCCCUGAUGCUGCGCGCCGCCAGGCCUCUCAACCUGAUCGCCUUGUCUCCGAGCGUGCGGCAGCGGGCCGCUAUGAGGGCCCCGGAAAUACUGCCACUUAUUUUUGAACCAGAAUCUCGAUUUUACGCCGAUCCGGUCAUCGUGUUGGAUUUCCAAAGCCUGUAUCCAUCCAUGAUGAUUGCUUACAACUAUUGUUUCUCCACGUGCAUUGGACGGGUGCAAAACAUCAACGGCGAAUCAGCCUACGAAUUCGGCGCCUGGCGGCUCCGUAUACCCCGAGCCAAGCUCGAGGCCUUAGUGAAGAACGGCCUCGUCCACUGGUCGCCCGUGGGCGUGGGUUUCGUGAAGCCGGCAGUAAGACGAGGAGUGUUACCGGCGUUGCUGAGGAGGAUACUUGCCGCGAGGCAGGCUGUGAAGAAGAGUAUGAAGCAACAGACGGAUGAGGCUGUGAAGAAGGCGAUGCAUUCGCGACAGUUAGGUCUAAAGCUGAUAGCGAACGUGACAUACGGAUACACGGCAGCUAAUUUCAGCGGCCGCAUGCCGUGCGUGGAAGUUGGUGACAGUGUUGUCGCCAAGGGCCGUGAAACGCUCGAAAGAGCAAUCAAGAUGGUACGAGACAAUACGGAGUGGAACGCUAAGGUAGUAUACGGGGACACUGACUCGAUGUUCGUCCAAGUGCCGGGCGGUACGAGGCAGGAAGCUUUCCGGAUCGGGCAGCUGAUAGCCGACGCUGUCACUGCAGACAAUCCGUCGCCAGUCGCACUAAAACUAGAGAAGGUGUACCAACCAUGUAUCCUACAAACUAAGAAGCGUUACGUUGGCUACAUGUACGAAGGCCCGGACCAAGAGCAUCCCGUAUACGAGGCCAAAGGCAUCGAAACGGUGCGCCGCGAUGGUUGCCCGGCACAAGUUAAGCUCCUCCAUAAAUCCCUGUGCGAGUUGUUUUCGUCCGGCGACAUGUCGCGCGUCAAACGGCUCGUCACGUCUACCCUCACCCGAUUGGUCGACGGUACGAUUCCUCCUCAGGAGUUAUUUUUCACGCGGGAAUAUCACGGCGUGAGUGGAUACCGACCGGCGGCCGCGGCGCCCCCCAAUGAAAUCGCCAAGAGACUAGUAGGGCGGGACCGCCGCGCGCUGCCCCGCACGGGCUGGCGCGUGUCGUGGCUCGUGUGCGCCGGCGCGCCCAACACGCCGCUCGUCAAGCUCGCACGGACCCCCCUAGAGGUGUCACGGGACGGCGUUGUUCCCCACGUGGCGUACUACGCGGCGCGCGUGCUGCUGCCGCCGCUGCACCGCUGCCUGUCGCUGCUCGGCCUCGACGUGUUCAAGUGGUGGAAAGAGCUCGGUUUCCACCGAGCAGACAUGGCCACACCCCGUGCGCCCCUGUUGGGCAGCAUCGCGCGCUACAUGUGGCGCUCGGCGUGUGCGGCGUGCGGCGUGCGCGGCGUGCGCGCCGUGUGCGGGAGCUGUGCGCGCCGCCCGCACUCUACUGCGGCGCUGCUGGCGCACAGGGGGGCGCAGGCAAGGCAGCGGUGUCUAGAUUGCCAACAGAUAUGCGAGUCAUGCUGCGGGCACGCUCAAUCCGUGCACUGCAGAAACACGACGUGCGCCGUCUUGUGGGCGAGGAUCAGCGCGCAGUCCAAACUAGACGAGUUACAAGACAUCGUUGUACAUUUGCCUGAGCAGUUCAAGACUGAAGUUAUCGAAUUUUAAAUUGUUGA